UAGCUAACACACACAAUGUCUACUGCUUUAAUUAAUCGUUCUUUAACUACUAUUAGAACCGAACUUGAAUUUUUACGUGAUUCAGAAGUCAUUACUGAAGGGUUGUAUGACAAACUUGUCAGCGCCCUCCCAGAUAAGUUUCAAAAAGAUAGUAAGGCUUGGGAUGUAGAUAGAUUAACAAAUGGAACUUCUACCCCAGCUGUUGACAACACUUCCGCAUUGGCUGAUUCACUUGCAAAGACCAGUAUUGCUUCACCACCAGCUUAUGCUCCACCAACUAAUGCCAAGCCUGCUAGCAAACCUGUUAGUUACUGUACCGCUAUUUACGAAUACCGUGCCCAAGAAUCUGAUGAUAUUUCCCUCUCAGCAGGAGACAAGAUUGCUGUAGUAGAGCACUUAAGUGAAGAUUGGUGGAAGGGAUAUAAAAAGGGAUCAGAAAAGACUGGUGUCUUCCCUUCGAAUUAUGUCAGAUCUAUCUCGGAACUGGAAUACAAUGGUGGUCAAUCUGAAAAGAGUCAAUAUCAAGUUGUUCCACAACAACAACAGCAGCAACCACCACGUCAAGAACCUUCAUAUGGUGGAUAUGCCCAAUUUCCUCCUCCUUCAACUAAUUACUACCCUCCUCAACAAUAUAAUCCACCACCUCCUCAACAGUACUCUCCUGCUCCUGUUCAACAACAACCACAACAGGUAGUGGUUGAACAACCUCAACAAAGCCAUCAUAAUGGUGGUGAUAUGGCCAAGAAGUUUGGUAAAAAGUUGGGGAAUGCUGCUAUUUUUGGUGCUGGUGCCUCUAUUGGUUCAAACAUUGUCAACUCUAUCUUCUAAUGGUGUUGUCAGGGUUAGAUAGCUUAUAUAGGUUGUUAUUUUGGUUUCUAUUUUUGCGUUUUUUUAGGUUGAAUUUUUAAAUACAUAUUGCUAGUGAUUU